UUUGGAUAUGAAAACCAGCAGUAGUUAAAUACAGACAAACCGAACUUCGAACGCAUAGGGCAUAGGGUAACUUAAUCUAGAAAAAAAAAAAAGAUUUGUAACAGUUAGUGUUACAAAUCAGCGGGUUUGUCAUAGACAAAAAUAAUAAAAGCAAAUGAGCUUUCUUCGGUACACAUUUUUUGGUGAUAUCAUUUGCUCUUUAAAUUCCAGAAAGAAAGAUAAUAAAGAUGAAGAUGAGUUAACUAAAGUUGAAUCUCAAAAUACAGCAAGAAACAAAGAGGAGGAUACAGAUGAAAAGGAUAUAAUUGUAUCGUGGAAUGGGGAAAAAGAUCCAGAAAAUCCCAAAAAUUGGCCGCUAGCAGUAAAGUCAUUAGUUACGUUACAAAUCUGCUUACUUACGUUCUCUGUAUAUAUCGGAUCUGCAAUUUUUACACCUGGUGAAUUCGAAAUGAUGCAGGUGAUGCACGUCGGGCAGGUUCCUAUCACUUUAGGAUUAACGAUGUUUGUUUGCGGUUAUGCUGUUGGGCCUUUACUUUUUUCUCCCCUUUCAGAAUUGCCCCAGGUGGGUCGAUUGAGGAUAUAUCUGGGGACACUAUUGGUAUUUAUUUGCCUUCAAAUUCCUACGGCUUUGGGAAACGGCUUGGGCGUACUGCUGCCCAUGCGAUUCUUUGCUGGCUUCUUUGGGUCACCUGCUUUAGCUACCGGAGGUGCCACUUUGGCUGACAUAUGGCAGCCAUGGCUUCUUCCAUAUUUUAUUUGCACAUGGUCAAUAGGAGCUGUCGCUGGUCCAGUCUUGGGUCCAUUACUUGGUGCUGCUAUGGUAGUAGCAAAAGAUUGGAGAUGGCAAUUUUGGUUUCUGAUGAUUCUUUGUGCUUUUAGUUUCCUUUUCUUGUUAUUUUUCAUGCCAGAGACUUCGGAAUCUUAUUUUCUCUACAGACGCGCAAAAAAGUUGAGAGAAGACAGAAAUGAUCCAAGAUAUACCACCGAGGGUGAAAUAUCAAAUCGUGAAACAACGCUCUCUCGGUUAGCUCUUGAAACUCUUUGGCGUCCUGUCCAACUCAGUAUUGCUGAACCAAUCGUUUUAUCAUUGAAUGUUUAUAUCGGUCUGAUUUAUGCCAUUCUUUAUCUGUGGUUUGAAGCAUUUCCAAUCACCUUUCAAGAAGUAUAUCAUUUUACAUUAGUGGAACUCGGACUCACGUAUAUGGGAUUCAUGGUGGGUGUUUUCAUUGCACUGGUAUUUUAUUGUCUCGCUCUUUACAAAUUUGCUAUGCCAAAGUAUAAGGCUACCAACGGCAAAUUACCGCCAGAAGAAUUACUAAAAUUUGAUUUUCCAGCAACCGUUUGCUUUCCUAUAUGCCUUUUCUGGUUUGGGUGGACUAGUCGUGCAUCUGUUCAUUGGAUGGCACCAAUCGCUAGUACUGUAUUCUAUUCCAUCGGUGCUUUUGUAAUGUUUCAGAGUACAUUCCAAUAUCUCGCUGCGUGCUACCCUAAUCAUGUUGCAUCUAUAUUUGCUGGAAACGAUUUGUUUCGGUCAGGAAUGGCUGCUGCAUUUCCCCUCUUUGCUAGAGCAAUGUUUCAUAAUACAGGACCCUCUUACGCACCAGUCGGUUGGGGGUGUACAAUUUUGGGUGUCAUAUCUUGUAUAAUGAUUCCAAUACCCUUUGUCUUGUACAAGUUAGGUACAAUCCUAAGGUCAAAAUCAAAAUUCGCGACUUCCGAAUAAUGAUACAUUAAAAGUUUAUGGUUUAUGUGAUGAGUAAAUAGACGUUAAUAGAUGUUAACUGUUUUAUGAACAAAAAGAAAAAAAAAAAAGAAAAAAAAAAAAAAAUGAUAGUAGAAAUUUCC